AUGGAAAUGGACUGUGUUCCAGUGGACUGUGUUCUAGUGGACUGUGUUCUAGUGGACUGUGUUCCAGUGGACUGUGUUCUAGUGGACUGUGAUCCAGUGGACUGUGUUCCAGUGGACUGUGUUCUAGUGGACUGUGUUCCAGUGGACUGUGUUCCAGUGGACUGUGCUCUAGUGGACUGUGUUCCAGUGGACUGUGUUCCAGUGGACUGUGCUCUAGUGGACUGUGUUCCAGUGGACUGUGAUCUAGUGGACUGUGUUCCAGUGGACUGUGAUCUAGUGGACUGUGUUCCAGUGGACUGUGCUCUAGUGGACUGUGUUCCAGUGGACUGUGUUCCAGUGGACUGUGCUCUAGUGGACUGUGUUCCAGUGGACUGUGUUCCAGUGGACUGUGAUAUAGUGGACUGUGUUCCAGUGGACUGUGUUCCAGUGGACUGUGUUCCAGUGGACUGUGUUCUAGUGGACUGUGUUCCAGUGGACUGUGUUCUAGUGGACUGUUUUCCAGUGGACUGUGCUCUAGUGGACUGUGUUCCAGUGGACUGUGUUCCAGUGGACUGUGUUCCAGUGGACUGUGCUCCAGUGGACUGUGAUCCAGUGGACUGUGUUCUAGUGGACUGUGAUCCAGUGGACUGUGUUCUAGUGGACUGUGCUCCAGUGGACUGUGAUCCAGUGGGCUGUGCUCCAGUGGACUGUGAUCCAGUGGACUGUGCUCCAGUGGACUGUGACCCCAUGGACUGUGUUCUAGUGGACUGUGAUCCAGUGGACUGUUUUCUAGUGGACUGUGAUCCAGUGGACUGUGUUCUAGUGGACUGUGUUCUAGUGGACUGUGUUCUAGUGGACUGUAUUCUAGUGGACUGUGUUCCAGUGGACUGUGUUCCAGUGGACUGUGCUCCAGUGCUUUAG